GCAGCACAUUCAGGAACCCUAGUACUAAUUUUCAGAUCCUAGCCGGGUGACAGGUCAAUGUUUGCAGCGUGCGCCGAGGUCUGUUUCUUCGGGGUCGCUGUUUUUUGAUGUUCAGAGUGAGAGGCGUGUGGCGGUAGCAGCCGGAGCCACACUUGGUGUUGCUGCUGCUGCUGCAGUCCAUGCCUGUGCUGUGAGUGAAGCAGAAGGAGCGGGAGUUGGGCUGUUGAAGUAAAAAUGGAGAAUUAUUACCGCUUUUCAUGUUCCUACCGGGAAAACUAAUGAAAGUAACCAGCCAAGCCUCGGCGAUCUGGGAGUAAUCUUAACAGUAAACACCGUGAUGAAAUAAAGAGGAAAUAACCUUGUCGCUCGUUUGCUUCUACGGUUUUUCGCCUUAUCUGAUGCUGGUACUACUAGUACCUGAGAGAUUUUUCUGUGACCACUUCUGAACUAUUACCCGACUUGAAGUUCCUUAGCAACUGAGAGAACGAAUGAACAGCCAGUGAGAUGUGAUGGCAACCAUGACAGAAGGGACAGUUAGAAAAUCAUCUUGUAGAGUGGAGAGCUGCCCAGCUCUAUCUGUAUUAACUGGACUCAAGCAGGCAUAACUGGAGCCCUGAAGUGAUAGUGUGGAUGUAUAUAAAAAUGAAGUUCAUAAGAAUGAUUGAAGAGGGUGGAAAAAGAGGCAAGACCAUGGCCGAAAAGAGGCAACUUUUCAUGGAGAUGAGGGCCCAGAAUUAUGAUGUCAUCAGACUCUCAACCUAUCGGACGGCUUGCAAGCUGAGAUUCGUACAGAAAAGGUGCAACCUGCAUCUUGUAGAUGUCUGGAAUGUAAUAGAAGCCUUUCGUGAUAACGGCCUCAACACACUAGACCACAACACGGAAAUCAAUGUCUCCCGACUGGAAACAAUUAUCUCUUCCAUUUACUAUCAACUUAACAAACGGCUUCCUACCACUCAUCAAAUAAGUGUGGAACAGUCAAUCAGCCUUCUCCUCAACUUCAUGAUUGCUGCCUAUGACAGUGAAGGCCAUGGCAAAUUGACUGUGUUUUCUGUUAAAGCCAUGCUGGCUACCAUGUGUGGUGGGAAAAUUGUGGACAAACUACGGUAUGUGUUCUCUCAGAUCACGGACUCCACCGGAGCCAUGAUGUUUACAAAGUUUGAUCAUUACUUAAGAGAAGUGUUGAAGCUCCCAACGGCUGUGUUUGAAGGUCCUUCUUUCGGUUACACAGAACAUUCAGUGCAAACGUGCUUUCCACAGCAGAAGAAGAUUAUGCUGAAUAUGUUUCUGGAUGCAUUAAUGGCUGAUCCUCCCCCACAGUGCCUGGUUUGGUUACCUCUCAUGCACCGACUUGCCAAUGUGGAAAAUGUCUUCCACCCGGUGGAAUGUUCUUAUUGUCGUAGCGAAAGCAUGAUGGGUUUUCGAUACCGAUGCCAACAGUGCCACAAUUACCAGCUCUGCCAGAACUGCUUUUGGCGGGGUCAUGCCAGUGGUCCCCAUAGCAACCAGCAUCAGAUGAAGGAGCACUCAUCUUGGAAAUCUCCUGCAAAGAAGCUAAGCCAUGCGAUAAGCAAGUCGCUCGGAUGUGUCCCCAGCCGAGAACCUCCGCAUCCUGUGUUCCCUGAACACCCAGAAAAGCCGCUUGACCUGGCGCAUAUAGUCCCUCCACGGCCACUACCAAAUAACAUGAACGACACCAUGGUGAUGUCUUCUGAGGCACCCACCCCAACCAAAAGGUUGCAGUACAGCCUGGAUAUGACUAAUCGAAUGGCUGAUGAUGAACAUGCUCUGAUAGCUGCGUAUGUGAAUCGGCUACAGAAUGGCAGACGUGUCCUGGACAGUCCAAGCCGGCUGGAUGAAGAGCACCGGCUCAUUGCCAGGUAUGCGGCCCGACUGGCAGCAGAAGCUGGCAAUGCCACUCAACGCCCUCCAACAGACUUGGGAUUUAACUUUGAUGCCAACAAGCAACAGAGGCAACUUAUUGCUGAACUGGAAAACAAAAACAGGGAGAUCUUGCAGGAGAUCCAGCGACUGAGACUGGAGCAUGAACAAGCCUCCCAGCCUACCCCUGAAAAGGCACAGCAGAAUCCCACGCUGCUCGCUGAACUCCGGCUCCUCAGGCAGAGGAAAGAUGAGCUGGAACAGAGGAUGUCGGCUUUGCAAGAGAGCAGGAGAGAGCUGAUGGUGCAGCUGGAGGGAUUAAUGAAGCUGCUGAAGGAUGAAGAACAAAAACAGGCAGCUCAGGCCGCUAGCCCUCCCCACUCCUCGCCCAGUCAUGGUGCCAGUCGCCCAAUGCCCAUGCCUGUCAGGUCAACAUCUGCCGGAUCCACACCCACCCACGCGCCUCAGGACUCCCUGACCGGGGUCGGAGGGGAUGUCCAAGAAGCUUUUGCGCAGGGUGCCCGGAGAAAUCUUCGAAAUGAUCUUUUAGUGGCAGCUGAUUCAAUUACAAACACCAUGUCAUCGCUGGUGAAAGAACUUCAUUCAGUAGAUGAAGGAGGCGAAGAAGAAGAGGAAAAGAUGCAGAAUGGCAAAGACAGAGGUUAAAUGGAACAAGGCAAAGAUUUAAUGAUCUAAGCACAGUGACAGUAAAAAGCAACUCAAUCACUCUGCAGAUACUGUAUACCCUCAUCUUGUGGACACUCGCAUUCAAUCUAUGAAGACACUUUGAUGUGACUCAAAGAGCAAACAAGAAAAACCUUUUGCUAAAGCAAUUUGUCUCUUGUUUCCAUUGAACAAGAUUUUAACGAGAAGACACUUUUGUUCCAUUAGCGGUUAGAUGAAUGCAUGCAGCAUUUGUUUUUUUCCAAUUUCAGUUUUUCACCUUUUAAAGGUUCUGUACGAUUUGUAAAUUAUUUGCCGCAAGCAGACAAUUGUUAUGUGUCAAUCAGGGAGCUUCAAUGUAAAAUCCAUGUGUGGUUUCAAUAGUUUCACAUACUACUGAAGCAGUCUCCUUUCAUGCUCUUUUUAUUUGUAACUCUUAAGAUAAUUUAAAAGGAUUUAAUUUUUAUUUCAGUACCUUAACAACUCAAAGAAUGCAUACUGUAGACAGAUCUGCAGGUCCAUGCAUGAAUGUCUCUCCCAGCUUUCUAAGUAUAUAAUUCUGUUUCGGAAAUCUGUUCUAUUAAAAGUCAUAUAACAUUUGCAUGAGGCUGUGUAACAAAUCAAGGGGUAAAUGCAAAUAGGAAACCUGUGUCCCCUGGCUGCUUUUCUGUGUCUGUUGUUACAGAUAAGAUAACCUGUGGUUUGCAUUCAUAGCCCCUCUAUAGUCCUGCUCUUUCAUCUAUGAAUGUGGAGUUAACAAAACUAUUCUGUUGGUAGCGCCAUUAUGCUUGGAUUAAAAAAAAACUUCAAGAAAAGUAAGUGUGCCACACAAUACAUGGAAUUCUUUGCAGUGAGUUCUUGGAUAAUCAGUGACAGUUUUUAGUAAAUUUGUGUUUUCAUUUUUAUUGAAUUGCAAAGUGCUGUGUCUCAUGAAAGCUUUAAUUAAUGAUCUAAAAAAAAGUUGCCCCAAAGAUAUUAGUUGUUUUGAAUAUAUUGUAUGUCAUUUAGAAAAACAAAAUGCUAAAUGUUUUUAUUUAAGUUGUGUGCCAAAACAACAGAAGUCCAGAAAUACCAGCAGAAGCCACAAGGCCGCCAACUACUAGUAUAUCGUCUGAGAGCUUGUUUAUGCUCUCGGGUGUCCUUCAUCCUUUGCAAGUAUUAAGGAACAGAGCUGAGAGAGAACAUAUGUCUGUUCAUGGACUCUCAAACAAAUAGGCUGACAGAUGGUUAAUCUCUAUUCUUUUGAUAAAAGAAAGAAAUUCACAGAAUUUGUUUCAGACAGCAAAGUAAAUAGGAGAAAAACGAUUUAUGGCUUUGAGGAUCACUCCUUUUAGUUAUUUAGAUACCUGAUGAAAAGCUAAGAUUGAUUUGAAGCUUAAAGGAAAAGUACACCCUCAUAUUUAACAUUCCCAAUUGGAGUAAUAAAAAUUAGGUUCCUGUUCAAACAUCUGAUUCUUAGAUGUUU